AUGCUUGCGACACCUUCGAGCAGCGGCAACCCCCCUUCCGAGCAUGCGCAGCAGCAGCCGAAGCGCAAGCCGCGCAAACCUCGCGGUCGCGGCCUGCGCACGACGACCGGCUGUGCCGUCUGCCGCCAACGCCAUAUGAAAUGCGACGAGGUCAAGCCGAUCUGUGGGCCCUGUUCCAAGGGAAACCGCCCUUGCGUCUACCACGCGCCCGCCAAGGUAACCUGCACACCAUCCCGUCCCCAACCCAGCCCAGGCCAGCCCAAUCCAGCCUCGCGCCUCUCGCGCCCUGUAGGGCUGAGUCCGCCGCGAGCACCACAGAGCCGCCUGCGCCCUGGCCACCCGGCUGCCCGGUCCGCUGCCUGGUUGCGCCUUCCCCAGCCCCAGUCCCGCCCUCCCCCAGUCCCGACGACCGCACCCAGCACGCAGCCUCCCCCCAGCGCCCCCUCCUCGCGCCCCGCCCCGCCCCCCGCGCAGCUCUCCUUCGAGCAGCCCGCCCUGCAUGUGCAGCAGCUGCAGCUGCAGCAUCCCCACGUGCCGCCACAGCCGCAGCAGGUCCAGCAGCCGGCGGCCCAGUUCCGGCUGCCCGCUCUCCAGCACGUCUCGCAGCAGCCGGGCGAGACGCCGCAGCAGCAGGCACCCAGUAGGAGCUCGCUCGCGGCGGCGGCACAGGUCCGGUGGGACCCGUCGGUUGGGACCCCAGUGUUGCGGGAAGCCGCCCGCGAGGGCCAUGCGCCGGGUGAGGGCCCAGUCACAGCACCCCAGCACAUCUCCCCGCCGCUGGCAUGGACGGGCCCCGAGGACCAAUUGAGUCCGCAGAGCACGCUGAGCUCAAAUGCCUACUCUGCUGAGAUCGCCCCUCUGCGCUGGUUCGGCCUUCUGGCCGAUGACGCAGACAAUCUUCACCCUGUAGGGUUCAGUGAGCAGCCGCUCGGUCAACGUUCCCACACGACAGACGAGUCAAGCUUCAGUAGUCUGCGCGCGGCCAGCUUCUCUACCCAGGGCUUUCACAGCCCCGCCGUGUCCGUGGGCACUCCCGUCACCAGCUUCCCGCCCCGCAUUGCUUCCACGCCCGGCUCGCAGCCCGAGGCGCCGGUCAGCUCUGCGGAGGUCCAGUGCUGGCAAGGCCCGGUAACCCUGCGCGACCAUGAGAUUCCCGUCUUCAAGCAUUUCGUCGGCAACCUCAGCUUUUGGCUGGACUUGUACGACCCGCUCAAGCACUUUUCCGGCCUCGUCCCGCAGCUGGCAAUGAAGAACGAGGGGUUGAUGAAGGCCAUUUUGGCGCUUUCGUCUCGCCAUCUCUCCAUCAGACCCGGCAUCAACGGCGAGACGAUGGACCGCACUGCCGCUGUGCAGUAUUAUUCCGAGACUCUGCAAUACAUCCAAGGCGCCAUGCGCUACGAGUCGUUCAACCGCAGCCUUGAGUUGCUCGCGACCGCGCUGAUUGUCUCCAAGUACGAGAUGAUCGAUGGUGCCGGGAGCGGUUGGGAGCGGCACCUCAAGGGUGUCUUUUGGAUUCAGCGGUCGCAAGAUAUCAACGGCCAGUCUGGCGGGCUCAAGCAGGCCGUGUGGUGGAGCUGGCUGCGGCAGGACGUGUGGGCUGCGUUCCGUGAGCGGCGGCGCUGCUUCAGCUUCUACAGGCCCACUCAGCCCUACCAGCUCCUGGAUCAGUACGACAUCGCCUCGCGAGCGGUAUACCUUCUCGCACAGGCUGUCAACUAUGCAUCUGAUGACGAGACCAAAAUGGGCGAGGUGAACUUACAGCUGAGGAUUGACCGGGCGGAUUCGCUGCUCAGUAUGCUAGAGGAAUGGCGCAUGAACUUGACCGUCCACUUCAACCCAUUGCCUUUGAACAGCGCGGAAAUUGAUAGCAGCAGUCCUUUCAAGCCCAUCUGGAUAAACCCACCUGGCUUUGCCGCCGCGAUCCAAAUGUAUCACUUCGCUCGCAUUCUCCUCAUCGUCCACCAGCCGGCUGCUGGAGGCUAUCGCGAGUAUCUGGCGCGCGAGAAGGAGCUGAACAGCGGCAUCGACACGAUCGUCGGCCUCGCCAUGAACAUCGACUACGAGCCGGCCGAAGUGGUGUCGACGCAGUGUCUCUUUGCCGCAGGGCUGUACGCCAACGAAAUGUUCAAGCGCGAGAAGAUUUGCGAGCUCAUCGAGAAGCAUCAACGAAGCACGGGAUGGCCGGUGCAAAGCCUUGCUGAGGAGCUACGAAAUGAGUGGGCCAGGACCAGACCUCCUUGA